AUGCGCCUCUUGACCUCAUUAGCAGGGGCUCUCGCGCUCGUGAGCCAUGCGCACGCGCAUGGCGACCAUGCUCACCAAGCGGCUCCCUCGGUAGCAGCAGAUGCUUCCUGGGCAGAGAGACAUAUGGCUGGUGAGCAUGGACACUUGGACUGCCACCUUGAUGAACGCCGGUUGCUGACUGACAUACAUAGAGGAACACCACAUCUCUGCCUUCGAUGCCGGCUCCUUCUUCAACCUCCACGACUACGACAGCAGCAACGAAUGGACAAAAGACGACCUCCUCAAAACCUACGGUCUCAAAGACCCCUCCACCGCCCACAUCUCUGAUGCCGAAAAGUCGGCCGCCAUCGACCGCGUAAUCAAUACAUUCGACCGCGACAGGAGCGGAACAGUCUCCUUCGCAGAAUUCACCAUGGGCGAUGCGCAAGGCCUCAAGCUCCCUGAUCUCGGAUAUGGACCCGGCCACCACGGAGACGACGAGUACGAGUAUGAAAUCCACCAUUUCGAGAAAUAUCACGGAGAAGACACGACGGAAGAGGAUCUCAUUCACCCGGAAGAUAUUGAGCAUUUCAGGCAUCAUGAAGAGAUGGAAAUGGCGCAGGAAAGGCAAGAAAGGUUGGAUAAGAUGAGUAUCGUUGAGGCGAAUAUCCCGAGCAAGUUUCGCAAAGAAUUAUAA